AUGGUUCACUGCAAUCGUACGUCAAGGACUAUCACUUCUCAACCAAAUUGUCAACGUCAAUCUACUCGAUCACAUACAUUAAAAAAGAAGAAUGCUAGAACCAAAAAUCCACAAAUCAAUAUAAUUGCCCAGCCAUUGACACAAGAGCUGAUCAGUGAGUUUUUCAACGGCUAUUUACCUCACGAUACCAUCCAACCGUUUCCUG